AUGGUGACUCAGCCCAGGGUGCUCCACCCGGCGGCCGCCCUCUUCGUCGAAAAAGGACGCCGCUGGGAGCUGCUUGGCGUCCAGCUGCGGCCGCUGGCCUUCCCGGCCCCGGACCUCACGCUCUACAUCCACGCAGGGCUUGUACGCAUUGGCAUUCUGAACCUGGAUGCGGCUCGGAUGCUGAACCGCGCGGUGUCCGCCUUCAACCUCGAGGCGCAGAAGGUGCGGAAGAAAGGCCGACAGCAGCGCUUGGGCCUCGCGGAGGUUCGCGCCAUCUGCGCCUUCGCAGCCUCGUCGCUGCGGGCAUACAAGAACCACGAGCUUCUGGAGAGGGACAACACCUUGGAUGAGCAGAUCCUCUGUGAAGCCUGGCUUUGCGCCGUGGCCACCCAGCUGGACGCCUCCGCUGAGCGGGAGAUGCUCUGGCGCUGCACCGUGAUGAGCUUUGGGGCCUCCAAGCACUUCGAAGCCCACCAGACGGCCUUCCGCCAGAACUUGUUCAAUGACACGUUGAUGGCACAGCGGGUCGCGAAGAAGGACGUGUCCGCACUGUUCUACAUCCAGAUCGCAGACACUCUCAGGCAGAAGUAUUCCUACGACUUCUACAACCCCAUGGUGGUGCAAAAGUGCAUCGCCACCACGCAAGCCUUGCUGAAUGACCGAGAUGUGGCGGUGGUGGGCGAAGCUGGCGCUGGCAAGUCCGACUGCAUCACCACGCUGAAGCUCGAGGCGGCGGAGAAUUUCCUGGACUUUGGGCGGUCCUUUCCCAAAGUGAAGCUCCUGCGCAUCAACACCCUGGCGCAGGAUGCCAGCACUGCACUGAUGGUGGUGUCCAACGCUUCGGCGCCCUUGAGGGAGACGGAUGUGUCCAAGUCGAACACCUCGACUCGGGAGGAAAGCAUUUGGCUCACUCUGGACGGGCCGUUGAAUCCAGAGCUCUACGAGGCCGUGUCCGCAGCCAUGCCCCUCACCAUCGCCGGCACCAAGAAGCCCUACCUCUCCAAGACUCGCGGCUUUCGGAUCAUCGUCGAGACGGACCUCUUGGCGGAGCUCUCGCCCGCCACUGCGGCGAGUCUGGCGGUGACCUUCAUCGACACGGAGCGGGGGCCCACGUGGAAGGAUCGCGCCAUGGCCUGGGCCCACAGGUUUGUAUUGACUUGCCCGGAGUAUGCGCACUUCAUGCAACUCACCAAAGAGCUGCUGAUGCACUUGAUGGAGCCCGGGUGGGACAGCAUUCUGGCAUUUGUGCUCUACUACUUCCACUACAACCCUGAGAGUUCUGGAGCGGCGACCGAAGGUGAGGCGCUGGACUAUCGGCACCAGACGACCACCUGCUUCCUGUCCUGUUUGACCUCGUUGCUGGUGGACCCGGUGGUGGAGAAGCAGCUAUACAGCGCCACCAAGGAAGGCCAGGCUGCGCUGGAGCGGGAGGUGCGGCUGCUGAUCGGCAUGUCCUCCAUCGCGGCCUUCGGGGCCUCCCUCUUCACCUCCCAGAGGCCCCGCUUCGAGCGCUACAUCCGAGAGAACGUGCUGGAUCCAAUUCACGCCAACAGCUUUCCACCGCUCUAUGACCUGUACCUGGAAGACUCGAAGACGGGCCAAUUCCAAGCGGUGGGGAAGAUUGUGCACUUGACGGAGCCCAUCGUGGAGUGCCAUCAUGUCUGUGUCGCUACGGAGGAGUUUGUGGCCUUUCAGCUGCGCCUGCGCCGCCUGCUGGCCAUCGGCGCCCCGGUUCUGCUGGCCGGCACUGGGGGCUCCGGCAAGAGCGCGCUGCUGCGUUACCUGCACGGAUGCAAGUCCUCGUCCAUGGCCGGGCUGCUGCACAGCUGUCCUGAGCUGAGCCCAUGGGAGAUCCAGAAGGCGUUGACCCUGAACCUCGCGCCAAGGGCGGGGUGUGGACCCCAGGGCGCCGGCAUCUUGGCGCCGGGGAACGAGAAGCGCUUGGUGGUCUUCAUUGAUGACUUGCAUCUCAGCGAUGUGGGUGCCGGGCCAGGCCCGGGCCAGACACGGCUCGGGGAGUGGAUCCGCUUUGCCCUGGAAGCCCAAGGACGAUUUUACCGAAUGGAAGACGGGCACUUCGUGGCCAUCCGGGACACCUCUUUCCUUCCGUCCUUGCUGGCGCCGGAUUCGCAGAACCUGGAGAUUUGUAAGCGCUUCAGCCGGCACUUCUUCCUUGCCUUCAUGGAGAGCCCUUCGGAGGCCUCCAUUCAGAAGAUCUUCUCCACGAUUCUGACGCUGAACCUCACUGCCGGCAUCCCAGAGGAGGUCAUGCAGAACUUGACGAGAUCCUUCUGGUCCAUGCGCUUGCACCCGAACGUCGAGGUGGACACGCCAGGCCAGAAACUGGCAGCACAACUCUUACAGGCCACCCUCGGGGUGUGGAACGAGACUGACCUGGCCUCCAAGCAGCGGUUGCAUGGCCUGGCUCGUGUCUUCUGGGACGUGGCGCACGCCUUCUCCAGGACCCCGGUGGAGGAUUUGGCCUCCCCAGUGGACGUGGGCUACCUCUGGACCUUUGCCAUGCGAACCUCCGUCUUGGACGCCAUGAUGCCGAGAUCCGCCAGCCACCGGCGUAGAGUCUAUGCGGCAGUGGCGAGGAGCUGCGCGGCGCACUUCGGGGUGCUGUUGGGCGGCAAGACGGGCCUGGAGCACCCGGAGCUGCAGGCCUUAGAGAUGGACAGCUUGGCCUUCAUAGACACGGACGCGGCGAAUCUCCGGAGCCUGCGUCGGGUGAGUUUGGUGCAAGCUCGGGAUCACGUCUUGGAGCGCAUCGGCAGCCCCUACGUGGGCCUUCGCCAGGCCACCGACACGCCCAGCAAGCACAGCGAGGAGUCCGAAGGCCUUGACGACGAGGACUCCGAGAAUGAGCCGGAGGCCGAGGGCGAAGGGGAAGGGGAGUUCAGCAUCGACCGCAAGUUCAAGAGCUCGGCGAAGAGGGAGGAAAGGGAGCAGGCCGCUCCAGAUCCUGUGUCACUGGCGAUGUGCCAGGAUCUGCUUACCGUGGACAACGAAGCCUCGCUGAUGUGGCUGAUGGAAGAGCAGACCCUUUGCACCCUGCUGCGCCUCAGCCACAUCCUCACCACCUACCCCAUUACCUGCCUGGUGGGGGGCUGGAGCCAUUUGCCGCUCUUGAGCCUGGCCGGAAAGCUCCUGGCAGGCAGUUCUGGAGGUGAGCUGAAUCUUCUUCACGGUGUGUCCGUAGAACCUUGGAGCAGCAGCUCUUGCAAAAGAUGCAGCCCCUGCCCAGUAAGCGCAAGCUGCACAAGCAGAAAGCGCAGAAGAAGUCGGAUGGGUCCGGGCUGCGCCUCGUGGCGGUGA